AUGGGUUGCAAAAUAAAAGCACUAAGGGCCAAGACAAACACUUACAUUAAGACCCCUGUUCGUGGAGAAGAACCCAUCUUUGUUGUCACUGGACGAAAAGAGGACGUAGCCAUGGCCAAAAGGGAAAUUCUCUCAGCUGCUGAACACUUUUCCAUGAUCAGAGCAUCACGCAACAAGAACGGUCCUGCCCUGGGAGGCUUGCCAUGUACCCCCAAUCUGCCAGGUCAGACAACAGUCCAAGUCAGGGUGCCUUACCGUGUAGUUGGGCUAGUGGUUGGACCGAAAGGAGCUACAAUCAAAAGAAUUCAGCAGCAGACCCAUACCUACAUAGUCACUCCCAGCAGAGACAAGGAGCCUGUCUUCGAAGUUACAGUAAUGCCCGAAAACGUCGACCGUGCGCGCGAGGAGAUUGAGAUGCACAUAGCCAUGCGUACCGGGAACUACAUUGAGCUGAACGAAGAGAACGAUUUCCAUUACAACGGUACAGAUGUGAGCUUUGAAGGAGGCACUCUCGGGUCUGCGUGGCUUGCUUCUAAUCCUGUCCCUCCUAGCCGCACCAGAAUGAUUUCUAAUUAUAGAAAUGACAGCUCCAGCUCCUUGGGAAGUGGCUCCACAGAUUCCUAUUUUGGAAGCAAUAGAUUGGCUGACUUCAGCCCAACGAGUCCAUUCAGCACAGGCAACUUCUGGUUUGGAGAAACGCUGCCUUCAGUGGGCACAGAAGACCUUGCGGUCGACUCUCCAGCGUACGACUCCUUACCGACGCCUUCCCAAACCAUUUGGACUCCUUUUGAACCUGUAAACCCUCUCUCCGGCUUUGGUAGCGACCCUGCUAGUAAUGCCAAGCCUCAUCGCCGAGGGAGCCAACCAUCUACUCCUCGCCUGUCACCCACGUUUCCAGAAAGUCUGGAUCACCCACUGGCUAGGAGAGUGAGGAGCGACCCACCUAGCACCGGCCACCAAGCCGGCCUCCCCAUAUACAUCCCCGCUUUCUCCAACGGUACCAACAGCUAUUCCUCUUCCAACGGCGGCUCCACGUCCAGCUCGCCCCCCGAGUCGAGACGGAAGCACGACUGCGUGAUCUGCUUCGAGAGCGAAGUCAUUGCGGCCCUGGUCCCCUGUGGCCACAAUCUCUUCUGCAUGGAGUGUGCCAACAAAAUCUGUGAAAAGGAAGCGCCAUCGUGUCCCGUUUGCCAGACAGCUGUUACUCAGGCAAUCCAAAUUCACUCUUAA